AUGGGAAAUUUUUUAUUAAUAAGCGCUGCGGCAGGAGUCGCGAGUGUGGAAGAACCAGUGAUUAUAAGUCGACCGAGGAGGUCGACUGGUCCUUCAACUUUCAAAGAUUUGGAAGUUUCAAAUAUCAGGGCCAUUAUUGCGAAACGGUUAGGAGAAUCAAAGAGUACUAUUCCCCAUUCCUAUGCGAGUAUCGCCAUAAAAAUUGACAAACUGAGCGAAAUGCGUACUAAACUUCAAGCCGAUAAUAUCAAAGUAUCGGUGAAUGAUUUUGUCACGAAAGCUGUUGCUCACGCCCUCUUGGAAUGUCCGGAUGUUAAUUGUUUAUACAAAAAUGGACAGACAAUACGCGCGGAAAAUGUGGACGUUUCGGUGGCCGUGGCGACUCCCACGGGCUUAAUAACCCCCAUCGUUUUCAAUACACCAUCGAAAAGCAUCGGCGAUAUUUCCGCAAAUAUUCGAGAACUUGCAGGCAAGGCUCGAGAGGGAAAGCUCAAGCCGCAAGAAUUUCAGGGAGGAACUUUCACGUAA